GCUCUUGGCCCUGCCGUGAGUUCUCAGUGCGGGCGACAGCGCUGCUGAACAUGGCGUCAGACGGGAUGAUUUUAACAAACCACGACCACCAAAUCCGUGUCGGAGUCUUGACAGUGAGUGACAGCUGUUUUAGGAACCUGGCAGAGGACCGCAGUGGAAUCAACCUCAAAGAUCUGGUGCACGACCCCUCCCUGCUGGGAGGCUUCAUUUCAGCCUAUAAGAUCGUGCCAGAUGAAAUUGAUGAGAUUAAGGAGACUCUGGUGGACUGGUGUGAUGAGAAAGAACUCAAUCUCAUCUUGACAACCGGGGGGACCGGCUUCGCUCCCCGUGAUGUCACACCUGAGGCUACAAGAGAGGUGAUAGAGCGGGAGGCUCCAGGGAUGUCUCUGGCCAUGCUGAUGGGUUCUCUCAACGUCACACCACUAGGCAUGCUCUCCAGACCCGUGUGCGGCAUCCGUGGCAAGACACUUAUCAUUAACUUACCAGGGAGCAAGAAGGGUUCACAGGAGUGUUUCCAGUUCAUCCUGCCCGCGCUGCCCCACGCCAUUGACCUGCUCCGGGACGCCGUGGUCAAGGUGAAGGAGGCAGUGGACGAGCUGGAGGACCUCCCCUCGCCCCCGCCUCCCCUCUCACCGCCCCCCAAUAGCUCGCCGCGGCGCCAGACGGAGGACAAGGGCGUGCAGUGUGAGGAGGAGGACGAUGAGAAGAAGGACAGCGGUGUGGCGUCCACUGAGGACUCCUCGUCCUCGCACAUCACCGCCGCCUCCAUCGCCGCCAAGAUCCCAGAUAGCAUCAUCUCCAGGGGUGUCCAGGUCCUCCCCAGAGACACAGCCUCUCUGAGCACCACGCCCUCUGAGUCGCCCCGUGCCCAGGCCACCUCGCGCCUCUCCACCGCCUCCUGCCCCACGCCCAAAGCGCGGCUCCCCUCCUGUUCAUCCACCCUAAGCAUUGCUGAGGCCUCACGGAGAGAGUUCAGGGCUCACCUGGAUGAGGUCAUCACGCUCAAGUCAAGGUACUCUACCUUGGACCAGGUAAACCCCCUUACAUUCUUCCUACCCUUCCUCUAUAACCGGCAUGCAGGCCUCGCUCCUCACCAUAGACACAGGCACAGUCACCACACAGCACUAGGGCCUCAGAGAAACCAAAGACACCUGUUAGAGACCCCUGACAGACAUCCAGAGGUACGUAGACAGACAGGGGAGGUGCCUGGAUCCACAGCCCACAGAGGGCUCGCCAUCUCAGGCAGCCUGCUCUCGGCGGCUCCCCUGUGUGGUGAUGCAGUACUGGAGCUCAUCUACAGGAAAGACAGCGAGAGACUCUCUCCGUCUCAUGUGCAUCCCCUCUCUCUUCUCCUCCUCCGUCCCCUCUCUCUCUCUCUAGAUGGGAUGGGUCGAGUCCUGGCUCAGGACGUUUAUGCCAAAGACAACCUGCCCCCGUUCCCCGCCUCUGUCAAGGAUGGUUAUGCUGUAAGAGCGGCUGAUGGUCCAGGUGACCGUUUCAUCAUCGGAGAAUCCCAGGCUGGAGAACAGCCCACCCACACAGUGAUGCCAGGCCAGGUGAUGAGGGUGACGACGGGGGCUCCUAUCCCCUGUGGGGCGGACGCUGUGGUACAGGUGGAGGACACAGAGCUGCUCCGCGAGUCUGAGGACGGCACCGAGGAGCUGGAGGUGCGGAUCCUCGUCCAGGCCCGUCCAGGACAGGACAUCAGGCCCAUAGGUCAUGACAUCAAGCGUGGGGAAUGUGUCCUGUCCAAGGGAACCCACAUGGGCCCCUCUGAGAUUGGCUUGCUGGCCACCGUAGGGGUCACCGAGGUGGAGGUGCAGAAGUUCCCCGUGGUGGCUGUCAUGUCCACAGGCAACGAGCUGUUGAACCCAGAGGACGACCUCCAUCCAGGGAAGAUCAGGGAUAGUAACCGCUCCACGCUGCUCGCUACCAUCCAGGAGCACGGAUAUCCCACCAUCAACCUGGGCAUCGUGGGAGACAACCCAGACGACCUCCUGAACGCCCUGAACGAGGGCAUCAGCCGUGCUGACGUCAUCAUCACCUCUGGAGGGGUGUCUAUGGGAGAGAAGGACUAUCUGAAACAGGUGCUGGAUAUUGAUCUGCAUGCUCAGAUCCACUUCGGACGAGUCUUCAUGAAACCAGGUCUCCCGACAACAUUCGCCACGUUGGAUAUGGACGGCGCUCGCAAACUCAUCUUUGCCCUCCCAGGUAAUCCCGUGUCUGCCGUGGUGACAUGUAACCUCUUUGUUAUCCCCGCCUUAAGGAAGAUGCAGGGGAUCCUGGACCCACGGCCCACCAUCAUCAAAGCCAGGUUGUCAUGUGACGUAAAGUUGGAUCCUCGCCCUGAGUACCACCGCUGCAUUCUGACAUGGCACCACCAGGAGCCUCUGCCAUGGGCACAGAGCACAGGUAACCAGGUGAGCAGCAGGCUGAUGAGCAUGCGCAGCGCCAAUGGUCUCCUGAUGCUACCUCCAAAAACAGAGCAAUAUGUGGAGCUGCACAAGGGAGAGGUGGUCGACGUCAUGGUCAUCGGCCGGCUAUGAUGUCAUCAAAGGGGGACGUUGAGAUGGCUUCAUAGAGAGAGAGGGUUCAAAUGGGUGUUUCACGGUGCAUGUCCACAUAUCAUUGACUAUUCUGUAAUAUGCAACGGCACAGCUAGUUUUUAUUGAUUUGGAUAACGUUGAGGUAUAGUCAACAUCUCGAUCACAAACCUAGGUACAUAUGAUACAAAAAAUAUAUAAUUACUUUAAAAAGAUUAUAAUAGUAUUUCAGACAAAGACAAAUAUAACUUUUAAAGAAGAAAAUCGAAUUAUCAAAAGAGGUUUAUUCUGUAAUAUAUUAUUAUGAUUAUUCGUAUUAUUGUUAUCAUUAUUCUUCUUAUCAUUAUUAUAUUAUAAGUCAACUUAAUUCCUUUCACUGCAAUUGCUUUGUGUGUUCAAUGCUAGAUCUUAUCGAUAUUGGUAGCAUUUUAAUAGAGCUGUAGGUGCCUGCCAGGACAAAAAAAAAUAUAUAUAUAUUAUUUUCUCAUCUUUAGUGGGGGAAAAAUGUUUUUUUUUUUUUUUAAAUAUAAAGAAAAACAAUGAGGAAGACUCCAGAUUUCCCACGGUGCUCGGUUAAGAGGAAGGAGGGGAGGGCAUAAUCUAGGUCUACUUUCUCUGUGGUGUGACGCUUUAACGGUGACGCCACACACUUCUAUUUUUCUCUCGUUAUAGUAUGCAUCAUAAUGGCUUCACAAAGAGCUUUGCUUGUUGUUUAUCUUGUGAGUCUUGUUUAUGUGCGCAGUGCCAAAUGCCUGGGCAGGGACGAUGGUGGUGAUAGGAGGGAAGGGGGCAGUCACCCACCAACCUGCCCAGACCCUGAAGCUUCCUUAUUUAUCAUCUGACCAGGUGCAACUCUGCGCCCGAACCCCCUGGGGGCGUGGUCACCCGUGAAAAACAAAACCUUUUAUUUGAUCGACUAAGAGUAAAGGGGGGAAAAAAACAUGAAAUAAAAUAAACAGCUUCUUUAAGUGCUGACAGCCUUUUUAACUGACUUCACAAAAAAAUGUACAGGUAAAAAACAAUGCGAAGAAGAUGAACCAUAUUGUACAGAUAUAUGUGACCAGCACUCCUAAGGAAAUGAUUAUUAUUAAGCAAUGAAGAGACAUUGAACAACGCUGUACUAUAAUACAUUUUCCGUAAUGAUAUGAAACUGAUGAAAGAGACUACGAUAAUAAAAAUCCUUGAUCAUUAUGUAAAAAAAAAAAA